AUGGGGAGGACGCUGGACGUGCUGCUGGGCCGAACCACCAAGCAGACGGCGCGCCUCAAGUCCCUCCUGCACCUCGCCACGAAGCGGAUCGCCGUGGUGCGGGCGCACCGGGAGGUGCGGUGCGCGCAGGCGCGGGGGGACGUGGAGCAGCUGCUGCGGCAGGGCCACCCGGACCGCGCCCUGCUCCGCGCCGAGCAGGUCAUCCGGGAGCGGGACACGCUCGACGCCCUCCUCCUGCUCGACGCCUACUGCGCGCUCCUCGCCGACCGCUCCGCGCUGCUCGACGACGCGCACCGGGGCUGCCCCGACGAGCUGCGGGAGGCCGCGGCGGGGCUCUGCUACGCGGCGGCGCGCUGCGGGGACCUGCCCGAGCUGCAGGAGGCCCGCGCCCUCCUCGCCGCCAGGUUCGGCCGGGGCUUCGCGUCGGCCGCAGCCGAGCUCCGCGCCGGCUGCGGCGUCAACGCCAAGCUCGUGCAGCGGCUCUCCACGGCCCUGCCCAGCCUCGAGAGCCGCCAGAUGGUGCUCCUCGAGAUCGGCGCCGACAAGGACAUCCCCGUGCGCCUUCACGGCCACGCCGCCGACUCAUACGAGGAUCCGGCCGGCCGCUCCCACCAUGGCCAUGGCCAUGGCCACAGGAAGAAGAGGCUCGACGACGACGACGACGACGAGCGGCGGCACGCGACGCCGCGGGCCGACGAGCCGGAGGGAGACAAGGCCGCCACGAAGCUGACGUUCAAAGACGUGGAAGAGGCGGCGCAGGCCGCGUUUGAAUCGGCGGCCACGGCGGCGGCCGCAGCCAAGGCUGCCAUAGAGCUCUCGCGAGCAGGGUCCGGCAGCACCGACGACAGGCACAGGAGGAACCCAGGAAGGGCGCAUGCCGACGACGAUGAGGCUUUCCACGGCGGCGAGGAUCUAGCCGAUCGCAAGACCUUCGAGAGGAUUGGACAUGUUCGGAACUACAGCUCAGAAUCAGAUGGAGAGGAUCUGCCGGAGAAGAAACGUGGAGAAGAGCAGGAUACGCCCAGGAGCAGGCCGGCUUCAGUCAGGACCAACAGAAGACUCUAG